AUGCGCGAUCUGCGGCGUCAGGCCCUCGAGAGCGGCAAGACCGUCUCCCGCAAAGCCCAGUCCCGCGAGGCCUCGCGCUCCAACUCGCGUGCUGCCUCUGCACAGAGCUCUCGCCAGAAUUCCCGCCAGAACUCUCGUCAGAACUCUCGCCAGUCGUCCCGUGUGGCCAGCAGAUAUCCUUCGGACGACGAGGACAAUGUCAACUUGAGCGACGAUGCCGCCUGGAGUACGACAUCGCUCGACGACCUGGCCGAUAACCCAGAGGCCGAUAACGCCAAUUGGGCGGAAGAGCUCUCAGACCGCAUCCAGGAGAUAUUGGAUCGCAAGCGCAGCAGUGUCCAAGGCCGCGAAGAAUCAUUGUCCGCCUACUGCCGCCUGUCGAAAUACCACUACGUCGCCGAGGAGAUCCGGUCCCAUGUCCAGGACUUGUUGAAAGCCUUUUUGCGGAGCAUCAAAUACGAAUCCAGUGUGCGCGAAACAACACUGGCUCUGCGGGCCCUCGAGCUGAUCGCCAUCACCGCCAACGACAACACCAUCUACGAGAACGUCGAGCCGCUCCUCACUCGCACCAUUCGGGACUCGACAUCCAACCUCGUCAAGGCUGCCGCCAUCCACUGUCUGGGCACUUGUACGUUUUUUGGCGGCGCCGGAAAGGACGGCCAUCUCGACCAGAUGAACUUUUUCUUGGACAUUGUCGCCUCUGACGGAAUGGGGGUUUCUAGGCAACCGAAAUUGACGACCUGGAAAGUCGAAAGCGAAGAAGCGAUUGAAUCCUUCAAAGACCAGCUCCAGAGCAGUGAUCCCGGCGUCCAGAUCGCCGCAGGAGAGAACAUUGCCUUGCUGUACGAAAAAAGCUAUACGCCGCAAGAGGAGGACGAGGAAGACGAGGAAGGCUCGGACGACGCGUCCGUGUCCUCCGCAGGGGACCCGGACGGACCGAAACUGAUCAAACGAUACGACGCCUACCACGACACGCCGCAGCUGGAGCGCGAGCUGAAGUUGCUGGCGACUGUCUCGGGCAAGCACAUCAGCAAGAAGGACAAGAGGAAUCUCCACAGCAACUUUGCCUCGAUCCUCACGACCGUUGAGAACCCUCGCCGGGGGCCGAUGUACAGCACCGCGAUCGACCAGGACACGAAUCGGCACUAUGGCAGCAAGUGCUCGGUGAAGAUCGGACGGGAGGGCGUGAUGAACAUUGACCGGUGGUGGAAAUGGAUCCGGCUGGCGGCGCUGCGUCGGAUCCUGCAGGGUGGAUUCGUGGAGCAUUACUAUCAGGGGAAUCGCGCGGUGCUGGAGAACCUGCCGGUCAUGGUGCGCGAGACGCCCUCUCAGGCCGACCGGGCGGGAGCGAGGAAGGCAGCCAGGAACUGGAAUACGGCGCGCCGGAUGGUCUGGGACGAGGACGAGUCAUAG